CAUUUUCUUAAGAAUGGGGGUGAUCGUCGAGAGCAAUGUUUGGGAGCCAAAUCCAGCACUGUGUUUAUUCUUCUUCAUAUCAUGUUGCUUGUCAAUCUACUAUUUGCCAAACAGCACCAGAAGUUCCGCCAUUUUCGAUCACGCACCUUCGUCUUCCUUCAUUCGUUUCCAGAGAAGUUUCCUUUUACUCUAUUCGCUUUCUUCAGUAAUGGAAGGCUUGUUGGCAGUAUUUGGAGAGUACGACUUGGCGUUCCAUGGCAUUAGUAGGGAGCAGAUGGUCAUCUCUCUAUGUAUUGGAUACACAACUGCUCUCUUUGUCGGUACCUUUUUGGGCAUGCUCUCGGAUUUGAUUGGCCAGAGAAAAGUCAGCUUGUUAUUUUGCUUGCUGCAUCUUUUUGUUGCCAUAUGGUGGAGGGUGACUGGACAUCCAAGUAUUUGGCUCGCUAGCAUCUGUCUCUCUCUUGCCUCUACGAUAUUUUUCUUCAACUUCGAGACAUGGAUGGUUGUUGAGCAUGAUAAGCUUGAGCAGAGGCAGGAUUCAGUGAAUGACAUGUUUUGGUUAAUGACUUUUGUUGAAUCUGCAUUUAUUGGAAGCCAAGUGGUUGGUAACUGGUUAAUUGGUGGUCAUGAAAAGACAAGUUUGCUUGCUCCGUCCAGUGCAGUGGUAAUAAUGGCUCUUAGUGCUCUGGCUUAUGUCAGCCGAGGAUGGAAGGAAGAUCCAAAAUCAAUUCUUCUUAAAGAUUAUCAGACUAAAUUCCGUACAUACAUACUCAGUGAUAAAAGGGUUUGGCUUUUGUCAUGGACCCAAGCUACCAUCCACUUCUCAAUUGCAGUUUUUUGGAUUACUUGGGCUCCAACCAUUGUGGCAGAUGGGAGAGAGGUUUUGCUAGGUUUGGUAUACCCAUGUGUACUUGGUGCGAAAAUGCUUGGAAGCACUGCAUUUUCCUGGUUCUCCAGUGGCCCUUUAUCACUCCGAACGGAGGAGUGCUUAGUAUAUGCUUGUAUUAUUAUGGGCUUUGUCACUUCCGUUGUAGCUUUUGAUUAUCAGGACGUUGAAAUUCUUUUGAUGCUAUUCUGCAUAUUUCAUGCUUGUGUGGGAUUGGUUUUGCCUUCACUCGCCAGAUUGAGAACCAUGUAUGUGCCUAAUGAUCUUCGUGGAGGAAUGAUGAGUUUAUCGAUCGCUCCUUCAAAUGCACUUAUGUUGUUCCUUCUGAUUCAGGCAUGUUUCUACCAGAAUAUUGAAAAUUCAACAAUUAUAGCUAUGGCGGCUCUUGGUCUUUUUUCUGCAGCUGGAUGCAUGUGUAUGUUAAAGCGGCUUGGAAAGCAACCACACCAGAACUGGCACAAAUUAUGACCCCUUCCAUUUGUUUUUAACUUUUGUUAUCCAUGUGGGCGUAUCCUGUUUAUAGCCGGCCAAGUUAGUUUAAAGAUAAAGAAACUGUAGCCUUGGAACGUGAUGAUGGGUGCAAAUUAAGUAACAUGCUCUGCAAAUAUGGAAAAUCAAUAAAGAGCUGUAACCAGUUUCAACGUUCAGUUAUUCUCACAUUGCUUAACCAACAAGGUUCAGUGGAGAUCUCACUGUGGAGUUCAAUUUUACUCUCGAGACACUUUGCAGAUUGUUGCC